AUGUCCGCUGCCGCCCAGAGACUAGAGAAGCUGUCGCAGCAGCUUGAGACCUCGGAUCAACGAGCCAAGCAUGCCCUGCUAGAAGCAAAGCCGAGCGAUGUGGUCAUCACCGUCGCUGUGCGCACUGCCCUGACCAAAGCCCGCAAGGGCUACUUGAAGGAUACGCCUCUGGAGGGCCUCCUUCAGCCUCUUCUCAAGAACGUCCGGGAGAAGGCUGGCUUUGACCCAAGUCUCGUCGAAGAGAUAGUCGUCGGCAAUGUCCUCCACAAAGACGCUCCCUUCGUGACAAGGGCAUCAGCCAUCGCCGCAGGUUACCCAGCCACAACAGCAAUUUCAACAGUUAGUCGUUGGUGCUCCUCCGGCCUCUUGGCCGUGGAAUCAGUGGCGAACAAGAUCGCCGCUGGUGGCAUCGAUAUUGGUCUGGCCGUGGGAGCCGAGAGCAUGAGUAUCAACCCCGACAACGGAUCACCUGAUUACCCGGAGGAGUUUGAGAAGAACGAAACGAUAAAGGAUAUCAAGAUGCCAAUGCCAUGGACCUCCGAGAACGUCGCUCGCGAUUUUGGCGUCACGCGAGAGAAGCAGGAUGAAUACGCAGCAGCUUCGUCGCAGAAGGCCGAGCGCGCUCAAAAGUCUGGCCUCUCAUCGCAAGAAAUUGUACCCAUCAAAACUACAUGGAAAGACCCCAAGACAGGCGAGUCAUGCACCGUCGUCGUGGAUAAGGAUGACGGAACUCGCUAUGGAACGACCAAGGAAGGACUCUCCAAGAUUCGAUCCGCAUUCCCCCAGUGGCCUCCCGCUACCACGACAGGUGGAAAUGCUUCUCAGAUCACCGAUGGUGCGGCCGCGGUCCUUUUGAUGCGCCGUGAUGUUGCAGAGCGGUUGGGAGUGCCUAUCCUAGGCAAGUUUGUGAAGUCGACCGUCGUUGGACUCGACCCUCGCAUCAUGGGUAUCGGUCCUGCUCUUGCAAUUCCCAAGCUGUUGGGAAAAGUUGGCAUCUCUAAGGAUGAUGUUGACGUUUUUGAAAUCAACGAGGCGUUUGCAUCCAUGCUCGUCUACUGUGUAGAACACUUGAAACUGGAUCCCAGCCGCGUCAAUCCGCGAGGAGGAGCAAUUGCCAUCGGCCACCCCCUCGGUUGCACAGGGGCGCGACAGAUCGUCACAGCUCUGGCUGAGCUUAAACAGACGGGUGCCAGGAUUGCUGUGACCUCCAUGUGCAUCGGUUCAGGUAUGGGAAUGGCUAGUCUGAUUGUCUCGGAGCAGUAA